ACUCCGAGUCUUGGGAAUAAUGUCUGUCACCGUUUGGGGGGCUGGGGAGAGCUUUAACCCGGUCACAACGUGGGGAAGUUGCGCACGGGUUCUUCUGCGUUGCCAUGGGGUUUUUGUGAAACCUAUUGACUACGAUAGGGUCCCUUCUUUUCUUUGAGUCUGUCAUUGUGGAGGUGGAGGAGGAGGAGGAGGAAGAAACCGCUAUUACUUUUUUUUCCUUCUUACAGAGGCGCAGAGAGGAGGAGGAGGAGGAAGAAGAGGAGAGGGGAGCGAUAGUAGCAUCCAAGGGAGGAGGACGAGGAAGAGGAGAAGAGGAGGAGGAGGGGUGGUACUCCGCUACACACCAACUGCGAGGCACGGCGGCAGCGUUACGUUGACAGUUAACACUCCCUCUGCCAUCUUCCUCCAGCGGUGGACACAAUUCAACUUUGUGAACGGCUGUCUGGACAUGAGUAACACCUGAAGACCUUGUGAAGGUCAAACUGCUAUUAGUGAGUUUAAUCAAAUCCAGCUGCAGAUCCUAUUCAUGCUGCCCACCCCCCUUCAUCCCAGCACACAGCUUCUCCAGUGUUCUCACACAUCAGGUACUGCAUCUUCACCAUAGUCAUGAACUGAGAACAAAGUGGAGAGCGUUAAUUUCCUGUGACUAUCCGAGAUCUCGACACUAUGAGGUUGCUGAGGAGCCCCAGACUGGCCACCGUGCUGUUGGUGGUCAUCUAUAUUUGUGCCUUUCAUACGACCUCAGCCAUUGACAUCCCACUGGAAGUUUUAGGUCACAUAAACAUUGUGCAGCUGCCCACCAUCACAGCUCAGUCGCCCAGCACUCUCAUCGCCUUUCCCUUUGACGAAAGCUUCCCUGUGAUUUGUGAAGCCAAAGGGAAUCCCGAGCCAGAAUUCAGAUGGACAAAGAAUGACCAGGAAUUCGACCCCUUUCUAGACCCCCGCCUGAUGAAAGAAGAGAAUUCUGGGACCUUUGUGAUACCCAAUAAUGGGAACCUUACAGAGUACCAGGGAACCUAUCGCUGUUACGCCUCAAACAAACUAGGCAUCGCCAUAUCGAAGGAGAUUGAGUUCAUUGUGCCCAAUGUUCCUAAAUUCCCCAAAGAGACACUCGAUCCUGUUGUGGUAGAAGAAGGCCAGCCAUUUACUUUAAAAUGUGACCCACCUAACGGUAUACCUCCACUGCAGAUCUACUGGAUGACUAUUAAUCUCCAGCACAUCGAGCAGGAUCAGAGGGUGUCUGUGGGCCUGAACGGAGACCUUUACUUCUCCCACGCAGUGGAGAAGGACAGCAGGAGAGACUACUGCUGCUUCGCCUCCUUCCCCAGAAUACGAACGAUCGUUCAGAAGACCGCUAUGUCUGUCAUUGUCAAGACAAGAAAAAGUGACAGUUCAGAAAAUGCUAAUGCAAUUCUGGAGAGAAAACCCUCUCUUCUGACGCCCCCUGGUGGCAAAUCAGAGAUACAACUGGUCAAAGGAGAGGACCUGAACCUGGAGUGUAUUGCUGAAGGAUUUCCAACUCCACAGGUUGAAUGGAAGAAAAUGGGCCACAAAUUUCCUAGUAAAGUGAGAUUUGAGAAUCAUGGGAAAUUGGUGAUUGUGCCAAGAGCUGAGCAGGAAGACAGUGGGAAUUACAUGUGCAAGGCAAAGAACCCACUGGGAGAAGUUCAGCAUACCUUCACCGUGACAGUCGAAGAGCCUCCAGAGUGGGUGUUUGAGCCUGAGAGUCAGCUCAGUAUGAUCGGCUCAGACGUGCACAUCAAGUGCUCUGCCAGUGGGAUUCCUCAGCCAACGACUACAUGGAGGGUGAACGGUGGACCUCUGCAGGAGUCCCCAGCACGAAACAGGAGGGUAAUUGGUGACACCAUAGUUAUACAUAAUGCCCAAGUUUCUGACAGUGCUGUCUAUCAGUGUGAGGCCUCCAAUAGACACGGAACCAUUCUGUCCAAUGCAAACAUCAUGAUCAUGAAUCUGCAGCCCAUGAUUUUAACAAGUGAGGGGGAGGAAUACUCUGUUGUGGAGAGGAAGGGAGUGACGAUGCACUGCAAGGUCUUCAGCUCUCCUCCUUCUACAAUCACUUGGAGCAAAGACGACUCCCCUGAAUCUGUUCAUGGACCCAGGUUUACCGUUCAUGAAAACGGGUCACUGAAGAUCUACAAUGUGGAGAGAGGUGACACAGGACAGUACACGUGUUUGGCCAAAAACACAGAGGGAUCAUCUGCUAUCAAUGCCAUGCUUUAUGUAAAAGAUCCCACUCGAAUAGUAGUGGCCCCGGAGGACCAGCGAAUCCUAAUAGGUACCACGGCCCAGCUCUCAUGCCUGGCGGAGUACGACAAGUCCUUCAGCAAUGACUUUGAGCUCCUGUGGGAAAAAGAUGAUAUGGAGAUAGCCCUCAACUACACUGUGAAUUCAAGAUACUUUGUGGAGAACGGUGUUUUUCACAUCAUGAAUGUGAGCCACAGCGACCAGGGUGUGUACAGAUGUGUGGCAAAAACUCCAGCGGACCAAGACGUGGCCUCAGCCCUGCUCAUGGUGUUAGAUGUCCCCGAUGCGCCGGAGAACUUAGUACUGUCUGACCGCAAGGGCAGAAAUGUGACGCUGAAAUGGGUCCCCGGGGACGACCACAACAGCUCAACCACAGAGUUUAUUAUUGAGUACGAGGAGAGCCACUGGGAACCAAGCAACUGGAAGGAGCUGCUCCGAGUACCUGGGAACCGUAACUCGGCUGAGCUCAGGCUCAACGGCAAUGUCGACUAUUGCUUCAGAGUGUCUGCCGUGAACGCUGUGGGAACCGGGCGUCCUAGCGAGGCCACAGAGAGAUACAAAACUCCUCCAGAAGCCCCUGACAGGAACCCUGAAAAUAUCAGAAUCGAAGGUCAUUUGCCACAUGAAAUGGAUAUCAAAUGGGAGCCCCUGUUACCCAUUGAGCAUAAUGGUCCCAGCUUGGAGUACAAGGUGAGUUACAGACGACAAGAUGUGGAAGAAGACUGGAAGGAACACACAGUGAAGAGACACUCAUUCGUGGUGAGGAACACCCCAACUUUUGUCCCCUACGAAAUAAAGAUCCAAGCCAAGAAUCGUCAGGGCUUCGGACCUGAGCCCAAGUUAGUGACUGGCUAUUCAGGAGAGGACUUUCCCUCUGCUGCACCUGAUAAUGUAGCUGUGAAGGUGAUGAACAGCUCCGUGGUCAAGGUUAGCUGGACACGAGUACACAAGGACAAGUUACAUGGACAUCUGGGAGGCUACAGGAUAAGUUGGUGGCGCCUGCGCAGUCUGGUGGACUCAAAGAAAAGUCCUGGAGAUAAACACACGCUGACAGUCCCUGGGGAUAAGAACCACGCCACGGUACCAAGUCUGACGCCCUUCUCCGAGUACAGCCUCAUCGUCAUGACCUUCAACGGGCGGGGCAACGGCCCAGGCAGUCAUCCCGUCAACUUCAAAACCCCAGAGGGAGUCCCAGAGAAAAAUCAUGAUUUCAGGGUCACAGAUGUACAGAGGCACACUGUCUCUCUGGCCUGGAAGCCGCCGUUGGAGCCUAAUGGGAUUCUCAUUGGCUACCUCCUUAAGUACCAGCUCAUCAAUGACACAGAAGAAGUGGGACCACUGCAGACAGUAGACAUUAGCAAACCUGAGACCACCACGUGGAUCCUGCGUGACUUGGAGCCUUUGAGUAAAUACAAGUUCUACCUGUGCUCCUGUACUGCGGUGGGCUGCGGGCCUGACGUCAGCGACGAGUGCACCACCACCCUGGAAACAACUUCCAUUUUGGCUCCUGCUGUUGGCCUCAGCAAGUCAGCUUCCCCCUCACCUCCAAGCACUCCAAAGUCCCCUGUGACCAAACCCACUCGUUCCACCAUAGUCCCGACCCUGUUUAAUGUUAGCUCUGCUGUUAGCGACAGCGCUGCAAAUAUCAGCUGGAGAUCUGGAGGAGAGCAUGCUGAGUUUUAUAUCACAUAUAUGAACAACCGUGAGGGUCACUGGAAGACAACAGAGGCCUUAAACACCUCUAAGACUUUCCACAUCAUUGACGGCCUUGAACCUGAGACUGAGUACACUGUGCGCCUUAUUCCUAACAGCCGGGUUUAUAAUUCUAGUAUAUUUGAAGAUGUUAUCACUACAGGUCCAAGAGGUCUGGCCAGCAUUCACGGAGGAAUAUCUACCAAGGGCUGGUUUAUCGGGCUGAUGUGCGCCAUUGCUCUCCUCACACUCAUUGUGUUGAUCGCCUGCUUUGUCAACAGAAAUAAAGGAGGGAAGUAUUCCGUAAAAGAAAAAGAAGACCUUCACCCAGACGUGGAGUCUCAGGGCAUGAAUGACGACACAUUCUGUGAAUACAGCGACAACGACGAGAAGCCACUGAAGGGCAGCCAACACUCGCUGAGCAGGGAGAUCAAAGCGGUGGAAAGCGGGGACAGCCUGGUGGACUACGGCGACGAGGACGCUCAGUUCAACGAAGACGGCUCCUUUAUCGGCGAGUACGCCGGGCGAAAGGAGAAGAGGGCGUCCGCUGAGAUCAAAGCCACCAUUCAGACCCCGGCAUGAGGAGCAGAACGGGCCAUCCAGUUUCCACGAAAGCUGUCGGAACAAAAAAAGAAAAACAGGAAACAGACAUUAUUCAUGCGGAGCGCAAGUUCUGUGUCAAACGUAAUGUGUCGUUGCCAAGUGCACACUGCCAUUCUCAUUUUAUACAGCUCUGUUUUGUUAAGUUGCAACAGAAUGACCAUUACUAAAUACAGUGUAUAUAUAGUGUAUAUUGUAUGUGUGGAGUGUCUUUUUUUAUAAUUGUUAUUACUCAAAAUUUUAGAGGGCUUUGUUUUUAUUUCCUUUCCUUCUGCUGCAGUACUCUUUGUACUCCCCUCUCCGCCGUGCAGCGUUAUAUGCAGCUUCGCCUCUGGUGUCACCUUGUAGCAGGCCACAGAUAAAGUGGGGAUAUCAAGUUGAUAUUUUUUCAAUUGGAACUUGUAUUACUGACCUUUUAUAUUUGAAAUGGAUUCAUUGAAUAUGAUGUAAGAUGUGUAUAAAGGUUUGCUUAUUAACUUAUUUUUUUUCCAGUGGUUUUAUACCUGACAGAAUAAUAAGACAGUUCACAUAUCAAUGCAUAUUAUAAAGACCGCUUCCUUCUCCUGAAUCUCCUUGUGAUGUUAGGAUAUACUAUUUAGUUGUACCUUGUUUAGAAACAUUUGAGUUCUUAGUUUAAAUCACACAUUUGCUGUAACAGCCAAGCGGUGCUUCAGCAGAUAUGGGGUAAGAAGUUUCAGAAAUGUAAUCCAUUACAGGUUGAUAUCAUUAAACAACCAUACGCAUCUUGAUUAAAUUGGAUUUAACCACCAGUUUUACAAAUCAAGAAUGAGCAGAUCAAUACAGUUUAUUGUCAGUACGUUAAAAAAUAAAGCUGACAUAAGUAAGGGAAACAAGGGAAAGAAGUAGCUCUAGCACAAUACAAAGAAAAGCUUAGGAAUGCAAUAUGGUAUAUGUUACAAACAUGAAGGAUGUGUUGAUUUUUCCAUUCAUGCAGGCCGGUUUUUUUUGGGGUUUUUUUACAUUGCUACUUCAUUAAAUUAGUAAUACAAUGUCAAUUGUUUUUUAGAGAUGUUCUUUAAAAAAAUCUACAAAAGCUAAGGUUUUGUUUUUUAAAUUUGUAGCCUGCAAAUCGAAGCUGUGGCAUCGCUAUGUCACUGUCAGUACCUGCAAUGGAUUACAGGCUUCUUUUUUGUCAAUCAGAUUACUCAGUCUGGUUUCAAUAUUUGCCAUCCACCUGCACCGCUAAUUCAGUGUGCUAUAGUGAAGUGUUAUAUUGGUUUUGUUAAGCCCUACUUUGAGUAUGCUGCCACUCCAAAACAGAAUCACUUCUAUUGUUCAGCAUUAACAUUAGCAACAUGAUCGGGAAAACUGCAGUGUUUUGUAAAAGUUCACUCAUUGCAUUGCAUGUUAUAAAUGUUAAUUGGUGUUUUUCAAUGUUAUUAAAUCGCUUUACUUUCCUACAUCUGGGUAAUAGUCUGACUGUCUGUCUUUUCGCAGCCAUCACUAGCCGGAGAUUAUUAAUGUUUUCGCUACCCGCGGUACUAUUUGUAGGUCCCCGCGGACGAAUUCCUGACUGAAGUCUCUGCCUUUACCUCCAGCCAUCAGUAAAAUAUGAGUUGAGAGAAAGCACUACCUUGUGAAAUGUCCUCAUUCAAUCUGAAUAAAGUAAAAGAUGUCUGA